AAUAACCGUUUGCCAAAUAGACAGAGGCCACCAACGUAUGUUGUUUAUAAUGAUUUUAGGUUAGUUUACUUGUUUUAGUGUUUCUCUCAGUUUUUAAAAUGUCUACAGAAAAAAAAGUUAUUCAAGAAUUCGUUCUUGAACAAGACAACGAAUUGCGUUUCGAAGUAGAAUCAAAAAACGAAAAAGUGUAUCUGACAUUAAAAAGCGGUUUGGCGGAAGUGUUCGGUACAGAGUUAGUUAAGGCUAAAACCUAUGAAUUCACUUCGGGUGCCAAAGUAGCCGUUUUUACAUGGCACGGUUGUGUUAUCGAGGUUAAAGGCAAAACAGAUGUGAUAUACACGGCUAAAGAGACUCCCAUGGUGAUAUAUUCAAAUUGUCAUGCAGCGUUGGAGCUUAUGAGAAUGGAAGCUGAAAAGGAUAACAAAAGGGGGCCUAUAGCGAUGCUGGUAGGACCAUGCGAUGUUGGCAAAUCAACAGUGACUAAGAUAUUAUUGAAUUAUGCAGUUAGGAUGACCAGAAGGCCAAUUUUUGUUGAUUUAGAUGUAGGGCAGGGGCACAUUUCGAUUCCUGGAACUAUUGGUGCCCUUAUGAUAGAAAGACCCGCAUCUAUUGAUGAAGGGUUUUCACAAGAAGCUCCAUUGGUUUACAAUUUUGGUCACAAAGCACCAGAGCCUAACACUAGUCUGUAUCAAAUAGUAGUGAGUCAGCUGGCGAAUACAGUGAAGGAAAGAUUGGAAGUAAAUAAAAAAACUCGUUCUUCUGGUGUUAUAAUAAAUACAGGUGGAUGGAUUAAAGGAUCAGGUUAUAGGCAACUUCUCGACUCUGCCAAAGCCUUUGAAGUGGAUGUCAUCAUGGUGCUGGACCAAGAGAGACUUUACAAUGAAUUAGUUAGGGACAUGCCCCAAUUUGUUAAAAUUAUAUUUUUGCCAAAAAGUGGAGGCGUUGUAGAAAGAUCCAAAAGUAUCAGGUCAGAAUCCAGGGAUCAAAGAAUUCGUGAAUAUUUUUAUGGAACUCCAAAAAACUCUCUGUAUCCUCACUCAUUUGAGGUGAAAUUUCCUGAAGUAAAAAUUUACAAAGUAGGGGCGCCAGCUCUACCAGAUUCUUGCUUGCCACUUGGUAUGAAAGCAGAUGAUCAUAUGACAAAAUUGGUAUUGUUGACACCAAAUGCUGGAUUAUUACAUCAUAUUUUGGCUGUUAGUUUCAGUGAAAAUGAAGAGGAUAUUAUAUCUUCCCAUGUGGCUGGAUUUGUAUGUGUGAGUAUGAUCGACAAUGAGAGGCAAACAAUUACGCUCUUAUCCCCUCAACCAAAACCAUUGCCUAAUAACAUAUUAGUAUUAUCUGAAUUACAAUUUAUGGAUACCCAUUAGUUUUAAUUUAAGAUGAAGAAAAUAAUUGUAAAUAAACUAUGUUUCGUAUAAAAAAUAAAUUAUUUUGCAUUAAAAGCGUGAUUUUAAUUUAGUUACAUAGGCGAAUAUAAAAACAUUAUUAUAAAAAUAUUACUCUAAUGUAAAGAUUCUAGCAGCAAUAUCAGAUAUAAGCCAGUCUAUACCAGUCAACAAGUUUUCACCAGUGACUGCACUGCAUGAUAUGAUUUUCCAGUGAUGGGUCUUUAUUUUAUCCAAUUCAAGAAU